UUAAUCACAGCUGUUUCUUAUCACUUUGAUUCUCAGUCCAAACAAACAUGCAAUGUAACAGCAAAUCCAUAAAAUCAUGCAAUAAUAACUCCAUAAAACCAUAUGUAAAACAUAUACAAACGCUGACAAAACCCAAACGGAAUAAUAUGUUAGGAUCAAGUGAAUCAAAACUUAAAAGCUAGCUUAAAAGAAUAUCCCACUCUGACAAUAUAAUGAAGACACACUGGGAAAAUAGAAUUGUCUCCUCCUUAAAAACAGAACAAGAACUCCUGAGUGUUACUCGUCUUCACAGUAUGUGCAUGAUUUCAAACAUAUUUCUCUAAAGUGAUAGAGAUGCUCCGGCACAUCAUGGAAAUUAACUUUGAUUGCGGCUGUAAAACUGCCAUAGGGACGUCUCUUGCAAGUGGAUAUGAUUGGAAUCAGACUGGUGUUUGAUAUUUGUUAGAAACCGGCAGGAAUUAAAGUCGCACCAUAUGAAGCAAUUUUAAUUACUCUACCCAAACAUGGUGGCAAUGGGACUCCCGCAUCCUCUCUGAAUGGCAGUGCAGGAUGGAGAUUAUUUCAAGCCCACAGCACAUCAAAUUAAUGACAAUAUGAAGGAUCUUGUGGUCAGCGCUUACACAUUACAUCAGUGUCUCCACCGGCCAGUGUGUGUGAGCGGUGUGUGUUUGCUUAUGUGCAUAUGGCCAGGAUGCGCAGCGAAUCCCUUCAAGUAUCUCCUAAUUAGACCCAGCACGACCUUCCUGCUCUCACACAGUGUACUAUUUCACUCUUCACCCAAUUAUUUUAAUCCUCUGAUUGCUCAGACAGCAAUUGGUCUGAGAGUCUACAGAGACAGAUACUGCUGGGGAGAUGAGUGUGUCUGGAAAUGUGGACACAUCAGCCACCACAGUGGUCUGAUCACCAGGUCCUCUGCCCCCAGGGCUCUGUAGUUCCGGCCUGCUGUGUGCUCCACUGGGGUUACUCCGCCUAAAAUAAGAUGUCCACUUAUAAUGUGGAAAACUUUAACAUAAAAUUGCCUUCAUUUCAAAUUAAACCCCAAUGUCACCACUCAAGCAGAUAGACGAUCUAAUUAAUUACAGUAGAAACAGACAUAUUUCUAGGUAUUAUACAGCAAUUACAUCAUACAUUCGUCAGGAUAUGCCUGUAUAAUGAAAUACAAUGGAGUCCCUCUUGGUUAAUUAUGAUGACCAUGCUGUAUACGGUAGCAGGGAAAGUCACUUUAAUAAAGGUUAGGAAUCUGAUCUGUGCUUGAAGCGGCAUAUGGAGACACAAAGAAAGACAUCUCACUUCUUCACUGUCACUCAAACACUGCUAGGACUGAGCACAGUUAAAGCGUCUGUCGACAUUCCUUUGUUAUUGUUUCUGCUGUGGACCUCAGCACAAAGGAAACCAUUUUAUGCAUCACAUUGAAGAGGAUACUGUGUCAUUUUUCAGCACUUCAAGUCAAAGGGUCCACCUUGACUCUGUAAGUUUCCUGCCUGCCUGACUCGCUCUCAGCCUCGCCUAGAUGAACCCCGGAAAUCCACGUGUCAUCAUCUACAACUGCUCUGUUCCUUCCACACCAGUUACUCCUGUCUGCUCACAGAACCAUCAUCACUGAUCACGCUGAACUGAAAUAAAACUGUGUUCACUUCCUACUAAUCUCUUUGAGUCUGUAUUCUGGGUCCAGCUCUGUCUGUGUAUCGUAACAAAGAGUUUUCUCUUCAGUUUGACUUAGAGUGAACCCCAUAUAACCUUCUAUUAAGCCAUUUUUAUUUGCAAAGUGAUCCAGUUGUGGAUUGAGAAGGCAAUUCAUGCAGCAAAUUAAUAUAUUCUAAUCCCUUAAACUGUUUGACACUUCUCACAGAAUGAAUUUUUUUAGAAUCAUCUUAAUUUCAAAGAUUUCAAACCACUCAGGGAAUUCAUCCUACUGGCCUUGAAUGGAAGGGUUAGAAAGUUGUCAACAUGGCAUGUCUCUGUCCCCUCUUUUUUCUGUCCCUCCAGCCUAAGGUAAAGCUGCCCCCUCCAAAUAAACCCAAUAAAGCUGUACAAUACACGUGUGCCUUUGAAGAGCGUGUAAGGGUUAUAGUGUUUUUUUUUUUUAGCUUUUUUCCCCCAAGACUGUGACGUGUGCCUAUGGGCCCUUGCUAGUAGAGGAGUGAUUGUGGAGCCAGCCCCACUCAAUAAUUUCCUAAUGUCAGUGCAUAGGACUGGGGACCCACUGACCGUUCUCUUAAAUCGAGUCUGAUGUGACCUCGAUUUAACUCAGAGGCCCAUCAGUGUCGGCACCCAAGGUGGUGUCCGAUCUUGUGACACUGAGGAUGUCAAGUAGCUGGGAACUGUCAGAAAUAAGGUCUGAGAGUGCACAACUGACACAGGGAAAGAAAAAAUAUAACACACACACACACACCUAUAGCAGUCUAGCCUUUACUAGACUAAAAAGGCAGGCGUGUCAGCAGGAGCUAGGCAUGCAUGUGUCGUAUUUCACCUUAGUGUCAUGAACAUUGCCAUAGGUGUAUUAGAGAGAGUAAGCUGUUUUCAUGAUGUGAGCGGGUCUAUGUUUAUAUGAAUACAUAAAAUAUGUGAAAACCAUCAGACUACAGUGUGAGUGUGACAAUAGGAUUUCCUUUCAACGAAACCCAAUAGCUCAUUUAACAAAAUAAUCAGCUUAUACAUGGAGAGCAAUGCCUCUCCUCUCGGGUUCAAAAUUAUGAUAAUAUGAGUGUGUGUGUGUGUGUGUUUGUGUUUGAAUACUGUAUUUAUGUAUUCAGGCAUGUGCAUACCGAUUAGCAUGUACAAUCACACAUGCAUAAACAAAGUCUAUGGACACCCAAACAUUAUACCCAUAUGUGAUUUUUGAACAUGUCACUUCAAAACCAUGAGCAUCAAUGUAUUGCUGUAACAGCCUCAACCUGCAGCCAGGAUUUGCUCCCAUUCAGCAACAAGAAUAUUAGUGAGGUCCAACACUGAUGUUGGGCGAUAAGGUCUGUCUCGCAGUCAGCUUUCCAGUUCAUCCCAAAGGUGUUGGAUGGGGUUGAACUCAGAACUUUGUGCAGCCCAGUCAAGUUCUUCCACACCAAACUGGGAAAAACUAUUUCUUUAUGGAGCUGGCUUUGUGCACAGGGGCAUUGUCAAGUUGAAACCGUUAUGGUUUUGGGUUUUAGUUUAGUUAUUUCCUGUUUUAUUUUGAAAUACUUCUCAUUGUUUCUUAGUUAACUUCACUUCUUGUCUUUAUGCGUUUUACCGCCUGUGUAAUUGUCUGCCCUGAUUAGUUUCACCUGUCUCUCAUUAUCCUUCCUCCUCUAGUGUAUUUAGUCUGUGUGUUCCCUUGUUUCAGUGCCAGUUCGUCUUUGCAUUGCAGCCUUUUCCCUAGUGUGUUCCUGAUGUUUGGACUUUUGCUUUGGUUUACCUAGUUUGUGGCUUUUUGGAUUUGACCUGCUUCCUAUCGGAUUUGUUUGGACUGCUUCUCUUGUCUUGACUUUAGCAUGUUUCAUCAUCCAUAUCGUCUUCUAGAUCUUCUUCUAGGCCUUCUUCUCAUUCUGACGACCUCCCGGAAGACGAAUACAUGUCAGAAGGAGGAGAAGAAGAAGGAGAAGGUGGAAGAGAAAAAGAUAAUAAAGAAGGAGCCUGAGAAGAAGGGGCCCACAGGCGGCGGGGUUCAUGUCCAAAGACGGCAAAGACAAAUGGUACCCCGUGGCAUUUCACCUGCAAACGGGGGACACUCGAACGGCGAGAGGACCUCCACCUCCUCAUCAUCCUCAUCCCCCUCAUCCACCUUGGCCACCACCGCCCGUGGACCCACGCCGUACACGGUGUCCCUAGCACACAACAUCGGGGCCGUGUUCUGCCUGCUGUUCACGUCGGCCAUAGAGCAGCUCGUCCUGGAGAUGACCAACCUUAAGCCCAGCAAGCCGGCCAAGUAUGGAAUCAAAUCCUGGGUGGCCUGUGAUGCACAGUCCAGCUACACCUGGAAGAUGCAGAUCUACACUGGGAAACCCGCAGCCAGCGGAGCCCCGGCCGCUGCUCCCAAAAGGAAUCAGGGGAUGCGCGUCAUGCUCGACCUGACCGAGGGCCUGAGGGGUCCCCACAACGUCACCUGCGACAACUUCUAUGAGCUCGGACGGCAGCUCCUCCCCCGGAACCUCACCAUGGUCGGCACAGUCAGGAAGAACAAGCCUGAGCUCCCACCCGUGCUACUCGCCUGAAUACUCCAUUCUAACUGGAAGGAGGGGUGA